GCACUAUUUUUUACUGGUGUCGGAGUGUGUCUGGUAAAGCAGGUGUUCAAAAAGAAGAUCCCUGCACCAUAUCCCCCUGGUCCUCCAGGGUUGCCUCUCGUUGGGAAUGUCCUAGACAUGCCUCACAUCAAGCCCUGGCUCACCUUCACUGAGUGGGGCAAGAAGUAUGGUGAGUGUAAUAUAUCGCAUGUCGAGCUUCUGGGUCAGCACAUCUUCGUGCUGAACUCUGUCAAGACUGCAAUGGAAAUGCUGGACAAGAAGAGCUCGAUCUACUCCGACCGUCCUGUUCUCCCUAUGAGUGGCGAACUUGUUGGUUGGAAGCAUAUUUUAUCUUUUCUCCCUUACGGUGACCGUUUUCGCCGGUACCGCAAGAACUUUCAUCGCGUCAUUGGCAGCUGCGACGCAUUGGCCAUCUAUAACCCGAUUGAGGAGAUCGAGACUCACCGAUUCCUCAAGCGUGUGCUUGCGACACCCGACCAACUACAGGAACAUAUUCGACACACUGCUGGGGCUAUUAUUCUGCGCAUCUCUCAUGGCUAUGAAGUGAAAGAUAACAGUGAUCCCUUCGUCGACCUUGCAGAACGCGCUCUGGAUAAUUUCUCACGGGCCACUUCUCCCGGUGCCUUCAUGGUUGAUUUUAUUCCAUCUCUGGCCAAGGUCCCCGAGUGGUUCCCUGGUGCUGGCUUCAAGCGCCUAGCGCGUGAAUGGCACGAGACUGUCGACGAGAUGGCCUCUGCACCCUUCAACUUCGUCAAGGAUCAGAUGGCUGCUGGCAUUGCCCCGAAGUCUUUCACUUCCGCUAUGUUGGAAGGCCGUAUCCUGACUGCGGAAGAAAAUGACAUUGUGAGAUGGUCCGCUGUAUCUUUAUAUGGCGGUGGUGCUGACACGACUGUUUCUACAAUCUACUCACUCUAUCUAGCUAUGACUCUUUACCCCGACGUGCAAAAGAAGGCCCAGGCUGAAAUCGAUGAUGUUGUCGGUCCUGAUCGUCUCCCCUCCUUCGCCGACCGCGACUCCCUCCCCUAUACUGAGGCAAUUGUCAAAGAAGUUCUGCGUUGGAAUGCUGUCGCCCCUACCGGUUUCCCCCACUGUGUCGCCGAGGACGACAUCCAUGACGGGUACUACAUUCCAAAAGGUUCCAUGAUAGUACCUAACAUUUGGUUCAUGCUCAAUAACCCGCAGACAUAUGCUAACCCUUCGCAAUUCAACCCUGAACGUUUUUUGGUCAAUAAUGGAAAGAAGCCUGAGCCCGAGCCCCGCACGAUCGCCUUCGGCUUUGGAAGACGUAUCUGUCCAGGCCUCCUCCUCGCUGAAGCAUCUACCUGGCUAUCUACCGUAAGGUCACUGGCCGUGUUUGAUAUCUCCAAGGUCGUCGAGAACGGUGUUGAGAUUACCCCCGAGGUUGACCCCUCAACAGGCACGGUCAGCCACCCCAAGCCUUUCAAGUGUUCUAUUAAGGCCCGCUCUGCAAAAGCCGUAGCGCUCAUUCAGCAGGACGUUGACUACUAA